AUGCAUCUGAACAAGGAAGACAACUACAUUAUAGAUAAAAACAGGAUAGAAAGUGUGAACAAAUAUAUUUACACGAAAUUCCCCACAUUUGAUCUUCACAAGAAAGUAAAAAAUUACAACAACAAAAUAUCCGAAUUGAUGACAGAAAAUGAAAAGUUAAAAAAGUAUAAAAGUAAUUUGGAGAAAAGAAUCAUAAGAGGGAAUGAAAAUUUUGAAGUCAAUUUUAUGAAGUACGAGCUAGCCAUUUCAAAUGCCUUACGUAUUGGCUAUUCAUGCAUAUACCUAUGCAACUCACUAAAUAAAAUUAUAGACAGGUAUAAGAUGAGCGUCCUGAGGGAGUUACUUAGAAGAAGAGAUCAAUUCAAAAGCAAUCUCAUAAAAUCUUAUAUGAAUAAGAACUCGUACGAUAAGUUAUUUAUAAACAGUAUGGUUAUGAAGAUAGAGGGGGUGUAUGAAAGGAACAGGCAUUUCGUCACUACCUUUUUGGUAAUCUUGGUGAAGAAUAAGUUGAGAGAUAUUUUCAAAUUGUUCAUCUGCAAUGUUUUGGGGAUUCCUACUUGGAGUGCAUAUACCUUCAACGGUUUGUCUUCGGGUAAGGAAAAUUCCAACAGGGUAAUAUCCUCCAGAAGAGCAAAUGACCGCUACGUGGAGCUGACCAUGGAUGAAAGAAUCCAAUACACAUCGGGGUUUAUAAAAUUAAUGGACAUUUUAAAAAGUAAAUUCUACGGAACAGUUAGAGUUUGCUUCAUCAGUCUGAAGAGGCAUAAUGAUGAAUACGAUAUGUAUGCACGUGGUAUGUGGAAAUCCUUCCCACUUAGCAAAAGGGAGAGAAUUCAGUUUAAUAGGAAUAGUGGCGACGCGAAAAAAAGUGCAAUCGGAAAUUGCGUAAGAGACAAGGGUAACAGUCGGAAUGAUAAACCAUUUAGGAGUUAUGAUUCCUUGGUGGGCCAAAAAUUAAUUGCCAAAGGGGACAUCGAGGAUGAUCGGUCUAACUUAGAAUUUGGCCGCUCAAGCAGUAGUAUCUACUUGCCCCACCCCAGUGACGUCUACAAUUAUCUGUACUACCAGGAAAUGCUAAACAUUAAGGACAAGUUAUCAUCCAGGCUUAUGGAUGAUGAAAAUAGCGAUCUGGUAAACUAUAUCAAAUUUAUGCAGACAAAUGGAGAAGUAUACUGUUUGAAGGGAAAUGAGAAGGAGGGGGGUUCAUCGAUUGGGAAUGUUACCAAGCGGAGCACCGUUAUAGGAAACACGCCCAUACAAAGUUGGUUACCCCAGAGUGAUAAGCGCACACACAAGGAGGUAAAUGAAAUAGAUCGCCAGUUCUCUGACGAAGUAGGAAAGGUGCCAAAUGAUAUCAACAUUGGUUUUCACAAUAGGGGGGGAGACGAUGGGCACAGAGGGAAAGUUGUAAGUUUUUCCUUAUCAGAUGAAGAGGGUAAUCCAAAUGUAGAUAAGAGUUCUUAUGAGCAGAAGAAAAGAGUCGGAUUUAAUCUAAGGAGGAAGGCAAAUUACACGGGUUCAGAAGGUUUGCGCAAAUAUGAGUCUAAUGAGGGGGAGGAAAAUAUUCUGAACGGGUCAGGUGAAAAUGGGGGUAGGGUUGAAUUCAUGGCCCACGAGGAGUACUCCCUACCGUCAAGGGAGGGAGAAGCGCAUGGCGAGUAUUACGCGACUGAUGGGAAUUACACAGUCGACGGGAAGAUCAAAACGAUGGCCUCCUCCAGCAACAUGGAAAAAAAGUUCAGGAGCAUAAUGUCGGAGGCUAGCGAAGGUAAUGACAAUAACCCAGAGGAUGAGUCUUAUGAGAGCAAUGAAAAUUUUUGUGAACAAAGUAUUGUCAACAUAAAGAAAGGGUUGAGUAGAAUCCAGGACAAGAAUUUUAUAUGGCUUGUAGGUGAAGGGCCACCAGAUGAUCUCGAAGUCAACCCCAUGGGACAGUACUAUUUGGGGGAGGACGAAGGGUAUGGUAUGGACGUGGGGUGA